UCCGAGCGCAGCCAGCGGGAGGUUCGUUCGUGUCCCGUGCCGGCCGCCGUACAGCCGACGCGCGCGGGCGGUCUCAAACCGCGGACCGCGUUGUUUACAUUUCGCUACUCGCGGUGCCGGUCGCACUUCACUCCUUCCGCAACUUGGGCCCGCUGGAACCGCCCCCCGACCGCCUUGCGGGACGCCGGACGCGCGGCCGAGUGCGAGUCGGCUCAAAUGUGAAUAUCUCGGACUGUCCGUGAUGAAAGCAACCGCCAUGGUGCCGUCUCUGCGGGGGUCACUGUUAUUGUGUCGGCAUCCUCCUCGUUUGUGACUCGAGGCCGCGGCGCGGGCUUCCCCGCCAACCUAAAUUAUUCAUUUUCGUGUGCGAGAGGGAGCGGUGAAUUCGGCGAGCAGUGCGACAGCUCUGGCCGGUUCCGAGUGAAGUGUUAUGCCUCUGUGCGGUGCUGUGUGAAAGUGAGGUUAUGUCGCCCUGUGCCAGUGUUGUGUCCAGAAUGAGGCGUCUGUUGUGUUUGGCGCUCGUCGCUGUGGCGAUGCUGCCCCUCUGCAGCAGUGGCAUGACGUCUCGCGUCAAGGACCAGGACAGCCUGCCCCACCACGGCAAGUGCGAGAGGAUCACCAUCCCCUUCUGCCAGGGCAUCGCCUACAACGAGACCAUCAUGCCCAACCUGCUGCACCACCAGCGGCAGGAGGACGCGGGCCUGGAGGUGCACCAGUUCUUCCCGCUCGUCAAAGUCAAGUGCAGCCCCGAUCUGCAGUUUUUCCUGUGCACCAUGUACGCUCCAGUGUGCACCAUCCUGGAUAGACCCAUCCCACCCUGCCGGAACUUGUGCAGGUCUUCCAAGCUGGGCUGCGAGGCCCUCAUGAUGAAGUUUGGCUUCCCUUGGCCUGAGAAUCUGGACUGUGAGCGCUUCCCCGAGUCUGGGGGCUCAGAAAUUUGUGUUUGGGAUAACACAGGCAAUACGGAGCGCAGUGGCAGUGGAGGAGGAGGACCCGCCAUGCCUCCUGGCUCCACCCAUGUGUCGCCAGGUUCAGGCAGACCAUCUGGACCAAUGCCCCCCAAUCAACAGCCGGGGAAGCACCACCUGCCCUUCAAAUGUCCAGAACAGUACAGAGUGUCAGAAAAGCUCAACUACACUUUGAAAGUUGGAGAUACAAUUGAGAAGAAUUGCGGUGCACCUUGCAAUCGCAUGUUCUUCAGUGACGAUCAAACGGCAUUUGCAAGGAGAUGGGUCGGAGGCUGGUCCAUUGUGUGUGCUGCAUCCUGUCUCUUGACUGUUUUGACAUUCACGAUAGACACAGACCGCUUCCGCUACCCUGAAAGACCAAUCAUCUUUCUGUCUGUGUGCUACCUGAUGGUGGCUCUGGCUUACGUGUUUGGAUUUGCUGCUGGAGACACUAUCGCUUGUCAGAGACUGGAUCUGCCUUCAGACUCGUACUCCAACUUAGAGCGGCCCCCAUUGAUCACACAAGGGACGGACAACCGGCUCUGCACCAUUCUCUUCAUGGUGCUCUACUUCUUCAGCAUGUCGUCGAGCAUUUGGUGGGUGGUUCUGACCCUCACCUGGUUCUUGGCGGCAGGACUCAAGUGGGGACAUGAAGCCAUUGAAGCCAACUCUCACUACUUCCAUCUCGCCGCCUGGGGAGUACCUGGAGUAAUGACAAUCAGCAUCCUCGCGCUUGGAAAAGUUGAAGGCGACAUCCUGAGCGGCGUGUGCUUCGUGGGGCUGUGGGACAUGACGGCGCUGCGCGGCUUCGUGCUGCUGCCGCUGGCCGUGUUCCUGGUGCUGGGCACCGCCUUCCUGGUGGCGGGCUUCUUCUCGCUGUUCCGCAUCCGGACCGUGAUGAAGCACGACGGCACCAAGACGGACAAGCUGGAGAAGCUCAUGAUCCGCAUCGGCGUGUUCUCGGUGCUGUACGUGGUGCCGGCCCUCAUCGUGCUGGCCUGCCUCUUCUACGAGCAGUCGUACUUCGACCACUGGAUGCGCACCUGGCAGCAGGAGCGCUGCAAGCACCACAGCGAGGUGGCGUGCCCCGCCGGCCACGUGGACACGCGCAAGCCCGAGUUCGAGGUGUUCAUGAUCAAGUACCUGAUGGCCCUCAUCGUGGGCAUCACGUCCAGCUUCUGGAUCUGGUCCGGCAAGACGCUGGGCAGCUGGCGGGAGUUCUGCCUCCGGUUACGCGGCCGCCGCGUCGAGGCGUACGUCUAGCCAGGACUCUUUCAUUUUUUUUUUUAAUUUUCGUCUGUUGUGCGGAUUUUUAACUUGAAAAAAAAAACUGCCAGAUGAUAGUAGACGUAGACGUAUCGGCAACUGUCAUUUUUUAUUAUUUGAACGCGAAAUGCUCAUUUCUGUUUUUUGAACGUUUAAAAAUGAUUUUGAUACUACCACCAUUUGUCCUUUUGAUGCGUUUGUACUUGGGUAAUUUAUUGUGCGUUUUUUCCCAUGAAGAAUUUACCAAUCCGUACUUUUAGUGUAGCAGCUAUGUCGACGCGGGCGAAUAUGCACAUUUGUUUCUAUACAUAUUUGUACAAAUGAUAGGCGUCUCUUUUUUUUGUAAAGUAAAUGCAGUAUUUAAAAUGUUGUGAAUAGCUGUGUAAUAGGUUUAGCUUUUCGAGCAACGAGGACGCACCCAAAGGCUGUCUUGGGAACGCCCAACCCACUGCCACUGCGUGCCGACGGCAAUAAUGCGUUAAGACUGAUGAGCACUUUUUGACUGUAGUUUUGUUGUUUUUGUACUGGCCGUUUUGCCAUAGAAUUGACAUCGAAUGUACUGCUACGGCACACUGGUGCUGUCCCCUUUUCUAUUGGACUUUGAGCCGAAUCGACGAACAAAAGCCACCCGCGCUGAACUGAUUUCUGAGACGGCCUUUUGGUGCGCCCGCUGCUCUGUCAAUUAAUGUGAUAUGUUUAUUUGUAAUGUGUACAUUUCUGCCUGUAAUAAGCUUUGUUUCUGAGACUGUUCACCAAAGACUGGCAGCCGACAGAACUCCGGUGAUUUUGGUUUACACUUCACACCAGUGGCACAAAUGCCUUAUCGUAGUAACGUGUGCCUGUGUGAGUGCGAGCUGUGUAUGUGUGUGGUGUGUGUGUGAGUGAUGUAUCCACUGCGCCGGUGACCAUCUUUUAACGAAUUUUUGUUUUACUAACUGUAUUUUUGCGGAAGUCUUGAAAGUUGUGUACGUAUACUGGCGUGGCAUUGGUUCGAGUGUAGCGAGGGAUGUCCUUUAACAAGGUCUGGGACGGGAUGGCCGACGCAGAUAGCUGGCCGUACUCGCGCCAUAGUGCACGGACGGGCCUGGAGCCCGCCUGGAGCCUGCCUGGAGCCUGCCUGGAGCCUGCCUGGAGCCCGGCCGGCUCGUCGAUGCAGCGAGACAGUCGCACUCCCCGAGCAGUGUGACCAUUAUUUCUGUGGGCAAGGUUGGCAAGGCCACGCUGGAAAUCCUAAUGGGUGUGGCGAGUCCCUCCGGGCUCCACGGAGGCUCCACGGAGGCUCCAGCCUUGGCUCCAGCCCCCGGGGCGACAUUCCUGGAACGGGAAACUGGAGGGAAAACGCGAUGCUCGAUUUCCGUGGCGAUGACCGUCGAUAACACGGACACUUUCCUUCCUCAUUAGUCUAAUGCCAUGCAAGUGUGUGUGAGAGUGAAUGUUGUUGUUGUUGUUGUUUGGCUGGCGACUGGUGAACACGUUGCAAAACGAUUUACUCAUACGACGCGCCGGUGUAAAGUUAGUCGCUCCGACUGGCGCACUUAAUAAUUGCAUUUGUAAAUAUCCUCUAGUCGAAUGUGUGUGUGUGUGUGUGAGAGAGAGAGAGAGAGAGAGAGUGCAUGGAAGCGGCAACGCUUUGUGGUGUGCAAGAAAGAUUGUUUUGACGCAAUGAUGGGUGAUUGCUGUACGCUUAGUACAAAUGCACGCUUCGCAGGGCGGCCGAGCCGUUGGGCCCACCCUGCGGAGCGAUGCUGUUCUCCUGUUGAAAAUUUGGAAAGUUUGGCCUUGGAUUGAAAUUUGUGUUGGUUAGUUUAGUUUGAGGUGGAUGCACCUCGGCCAUUUCAGAGUGCUAUUAUAGUGAGCGCCGCAAGCGAGUCACGUUUGUUUAAAUUGUGUGCAUAAUUCAUGUUGUGUAAAGUAUUUUUUAUAGAGAGUUUGUAUGAGUGCGUUUUGUUGGAAGGUUGCUGGGCUCUGAGACCCUUUACUGUUGCCUUUCUUUCCCCACCGUUACGUUAUCUUGAUUUGCCUUAUUUCCGUCCUUGCCACUUCUUCUUGAAAAAUGAAGUUUUGUUGAAAGUUGAAUGGGCAACUUGCCAUUUAUUGAGCGUUUACAAACGGCGCUUUGUUACAGUAUUUUCUGUUUAUUUUUCUUUUACUAUGUUCUUACUGUUUUCAGUCUGAAAUGAAUUUUAUGUGAUGAACCUGUACUGCCUGUUUCGGUACCAAUCUGCUUACUGUAUCUCCCUAUAGUAUGUUUCCUCAUUUCUACUUCUCGUCUGUAUGCCAUGACCAUUGUCAACAAAUCACUGUAUGCAAUAAAGACACGUUCCUCAAUA